AUGGUUGAGGAGUCCAUUGAAAUUUUCAUGGAGGACUUUUCCGUGGUAGGAGGUUCUUUCGAUAAUUGUUUUGGGAAUCUACCCCAAGUUUUGAAGAGAAGUGAAGAAACAAACUUGGUUCUCAAUUGGAAAAAAUGUCACUUUAUAGUGAAAGAGGGAAUUGUGCUUGGUCACAAAAUUUCGGAAGAUGGGAUAGAGGUUGACAAGGCAAAGAUUGAAGUUAUCAUUAAGCUUCCUCCUCCAAUUACCGUGAAGGGUGUCCGAAGCUUCCUAGGCCAUGCUGGCUUCUAUAGGAGGUUCAUCAAAGACUUAUCAAAGGUGGCUAGCCCCAUGUGCAAGUUGUUGGAAAAAGAAACCAAGUUUGUGUUCAAUGAUUCUUCUCUCAAGGCCUUUGAAUGCUUGAAAGAAAAGCUCACGUCGGCCCCUCUCUGUUACACCCCGUACUUCCAGAUGAACAUUCGCUAA